ACGACAAGGCUCUUCAUACCAUCAUACUGCCCUAAAGUGAGACUUUUACUGGAGAAAAACCAGAGUGACGUGAAGGUCAUCUGUCUGAUUCUUGGAUUUUAUGAGAAGAUACUUCCCAGGCUAGAGAGGGGCAAUAUUUUGGAACAGGUUAUUCCUACAUUGUUAGCCAUGCGCCUCAGUGACCCAGACAUAAUCAACCGAGUCGUUAGCACGGGCUUGGGACAAUGGUUCUUCGGGUCAAAUAAUUCGGCUAACACUGAUAGCAACUUCCUUCGCGUUGUGUCUUCGUUCCCGGGCCGCCGUUUGUCGGACAAUACUUUGAUGACACCCAAGAUUCGUAUCGCCCAAUCUUGUUCUUCCUCCCCUGGUGGAACGCCUGGUGGAACAUCAGGACUCUGCCCACGCGUCGACACUCCAGCAUCGGACCACAAGAGCGCCGAGGUUCAGCUGUAA